CUACGACUCCCUGUGGGGUUAUGGGGAUGUCGUCAGCGGGCCUAGAUCAUAUCGCUCCUUAAAACUACACCUCCCAGCAUCCCUUGAGGGAAGGAUGCACCCUAACUAGUCUCCACUUCUCCACACGGCUACAUAGUUAAAUACCUCUGCGCGUGCGUGUAAGAUGCCAUCUGCGUUCGCUCGUUAACGUUGGGCUCGUCCAUUCCAGGCGGAACCGAGAAGCAGGAGAGGUAAAGAGACAGCUGGGUUGUUUUUUUGUGGGGGGCAGAACUCUCCCGACAAAGCCUCAUACCUCUGUUCGAGGAGAAAAAAAGGUCUUUGGAAAUCAGCAUCUUCCCAUUUUGCCAGUACUGCUCAGCGUACUGUUUCUGCCUAGCCACGCACCAUGGUGACAGAGAAGGAAGUGGAGGUCAUCGGCAGGACUCUGGUGGAUUCCAGGCAGCCCCUGAACGCCCGCUUCCGGGCACUCUUCACCCUUCGGAACCUGGGCGGCCCAGUGGCCAUCAAGUGGAUCAGCCGAGGCUUCGAGGACGAUUCGGCGCUUCUCAAACAUGAGCUGGCGUACUGCUUGGGCCAGAUGCAAGACGAGAGGGCCAUCCCCGUCCUUACAGAGGUGUUGCAGGAUACCCAUCAGGACCCCAUGGUCCGGCAUGAAGCAGGUGAAGCUUUGGGAGCCAUCGGAAACCCUGAAGUUCUGGAUGUCUUGAAGCAGUACUCCGAAGACCCUGUGAUCGAAGUCGCCGAGACGUGCCAGCUGGCCGUGAAGAGGCUGGAGUGGCUCCAGAAGCACCCAGCCCAGCCUCCCAGCAGCCCCUACUGCUCCGUGGACCCGGCACCCCCUGCGGAGGAGGGGGAUGUGGAGGAGCUGAGGCAAGCCCUGCUGAACGACUCCUUGCCACUUUUUGAGCGGUACAGGGCCAUGUUCGCUCUGCGGAACAUCGGUGGCGAGGCCGCCGUCCUGGCCCUCGCCGAUGGCCUGAAGUGCGGCAGCGCCCUCUUCCGCCACGAAGUCGCCUACGUCUUGGGCCAGAUGCAGCACGAGGCCAGCGUCCCCCAGCUGACGGCCUCGCUGGCGAGUGCGGCCGAGAACCCCAUGGUGCGCCACGAGUGUGCCGAGGCCCUGGGCUCCAUUGCCAAGGCCCCCUGCCUGGCCACCCUGGAGGCCUUUGCCCAGGACGAGGAGCGGGUGGUCCGGGAGAGCUGCGAGGUGGCCUUGGACAUGUACAACUACGAGAACAGCCCGGACUUCCAGUAUGCCGACGGGCUGAGCAAGCUACGGGCCUCGGACUGAAGGGGGCGGCGGUUGAGGGCCCCGCCGGGCCUCUCCCCCUGUCUCUGGCCGUGCUUCCCACCACCGUUGCUCUCUGUAGGCCUGGAAGUGGGGUGGAGAAAAGUCCGUUUUCCCUCUCUGUCCUUAAGUUAUUACCAUCUCUCUCUCCUUGGUGUUGUCUAGGUUGUCUCUCUAGGUGAAGGACUUCGGGUUAGGGUGAUGGGGGUCAGAAUUUGGGGCAAGGCUGCCUUUCCGCUGAGAAACGGGCCCCGGAGUCCUCCUUGCACCCACACUGGUGCUGAACAGGGCAGUGUCUGCAUGCAUCGGCGUCUGGGUGGAUCCUGCAAACCCCAUGUCUUUACCACCGCACAACUCGGGAAGCACUAUGCCCAGAGCUGUCCUGCAUGGUGACCUGCUGGGUGCUUGAUAAAUUCUGCCUCUCCCUUGCUGCCCCCCUUCCAGUCACCUGAUUUUUUUUCCUAGCCCCUUGAGGACUAGAAACAUAACAGUGGUAACCACUCCAAAUAGCAGUAGUCCUGGGCGGGCAGCAAAGCCAAGAGGUUUAUCUAGCCCCCAAUGGGCCCUCGUAGCUGAAGCAGCAUCCUGCAUUGUGGCUCAA